AUGAGCAGUUCAAACCAGCACAACUCUUCAUGGACUGAAGAAUAACUUGACUACUUUCCACCCUCUCCACCUAUUCAUAGCUCUAAGAACCAUAAAAUAGAGGAUUUUAUGCAUUCUCUGGACUAAUGUUUAGCUGAAAGCUUGAAAAAUAAGAGUUUAGAGUACUAAUUUGAUUUUGAGCAGGAAAUACCUAUUGACCAGAAUCAAGAAUAGAAGAAAACUUUGAAUUAGACAAACAAUAAUUAUGUUUGGGAUAGCAUUAAUAAAAGAAAUGUACCCCAAACUCCAAUGAUCAAGACAUAAUACAUCGACUAGAACAGUUUUUAGACUCCUUUCCGAUACUUGACUGAUAGACAGAAACACGCCUAAAAUUCAAGCCAAUCUGAGACCAUUAGUUAAACAUACAGAAAUAAUAGAUUAAGCGCAUUGUAGCACCAGAAUAAAUUUCGCAAUUGUGUUAAUGAACCCAAUUCUAUAAAUUAGUUGGCUCAGCCAAAACUAAACAACCCAAUAAAGCUUCCCCAAAAUGUUAGAUAAAAUCUCAUCAAUGCUAUAAAUUUCAACAAACGCACAUGUGAUGGAAAUAAUUGCUGA